ACGGAAAAACCGGAGGGAGGAAGACUGUUCUUCGGCGAACCCGAAGGAUCGUGCUCAGUUUUUCUCGGAGUAGUUCUCCUUAAUUCGACGUAAAAAAUAUUAUAAAAAUGUCUCGCCGCGCGCUCAAAGGAAUAAAUUGGUCGGGUAUCGCUGAGAGGCUUGGCGAAGGAGACAAAAAUAUCUAUGCCAGCUUUAAAUCACGAUCUGACCAAUAUCUUCAAAGGGUCAUGUCCCUUCCAGAACAGCCUGUUAAAAUUGAUUGGGCCUAUUACAAGCAACAUGUUCCAGCAUCUGGAAUGGUAGAGAAAUUUCAAAAGGAAUACGAAGCUCUGAAGGUCCCCUAUCCACCUGAUAAUUAUACUGCACAGAUUGAAGCUGAAGGCCAAAAAGUUCUGGAUGAGGUCAAGGUUUUCAUUGAAGAGUCCAACAAGCGCAUAGUCGAGUUCCAAGCUGAAGCUGAAAAAGUACGAGCAUCUUUACCGAUCGAAGAGAUGAAUAUGGAAGAGUUUGCUGAAGCUUAUCCCGAACAUGCUAUAAAUAUUGAUAAGCCAACGAUUUGGCCUCACAUCCCGGAAGAACAACCCGGAGAUGAGCCAGAGCCGAUACCUAGAGAAGAGCAUUAAUGGAUCACUACCAAGUUGUAGUCUGUAGAUUCAUUCUACACAGAAAGAACAUUAAAAGAAUAUAAAAUGGUACUCAGUUAUGCAACAUCAGAUUAUCAAUAAUGCAUCUCUGUUGAAUUUUUCUGAAUAAAAAAUGAUCAAGGUGCACUCAUUGA